GGUGUGUUGUUUGUGCCAUGGCUGCCCCAAGCAGAAUCGAAUCAAACAGCACAGAAAAUGUACAAAAAUUUAUCAACACUCAGCCAAACAAACCAGUCUAAAAUGUGUAGUCGUUGCUGUUAGUACACAUCGACACAUCGUUCCUCAUAUAAUUUUUGUUUCUAUUCAUCACUGUGAUUUUGAUCUAAAGCAUUCUGUAAGUGCGAACAGAGAGCAACCUGGUGAAUGUGAGGUUGCAUUUCGUAUCGUAAAUUCGUGUAUUUUGAUUAUCCGUGUGAAUAAGCAAAUGUUUUUUUUUCUGGAAUUUAUUUGACAUCAAUUGGCGACUUGUGGCUUCGUUUUAUGUGUAUCUCUUGCAUUGUACCCACUUUGUGUGUAUGUGUGUUUGUUUCAGUUUGAAUACGAUUCGAAUGAUUUUGCCAAUGAUAUUUGGUUAGAUUUCGUUUGCGCACGAAUCAAAUGAAUAAAUAAUGCGAUUCGCCGAAUAGUUUCAGUUCAGAGGCAUUCAAUUCUUAUACAUGUUCAUGUUUUGGUUCACAUUACCUGAUUAAUAGAAAAAGAAUCAACUCGGAAAUAUUUCCUGAAAUUCGAUUGGCAUUUUGGAAUCCUGUGUCGCGUCGUCUGUUGGUGAAGAGGUGUUGGAACACACUUUAAUCAAUCGGACGUGAAGGUCGAUGGAAUCAACUGCAUUUUAGCUGUAUUUUUUUUACUUCUACGAAUUUCCUCGUUCAUAAGAACGGUGAAAUAUUCCAUGAAUAUUUCGAAAUUGUGCGUAUUUUUCGUUCGCUUCGUGAUACAAGUAAAAAUGAAACGGUUUUCUUCGCACUUCGAUUCAAUUCAGUCGUUUCAAUCCAUUUUAAAAAUUAAGGUGUGAAUUUAUUCCAAUUCACCAGCCAACAAGCAUGAAUGAACGAAUGAAAUGACGCCGAAAACGGACGAUGAAAUAUUAAGUAUGAAGAAGAGCCAAAUGAAACGCGAGACCAAGUUUCACGUUUGUGAAGUGAAUGAUGAAUAAUAAAAGAAAAACAUGAGCAUCAAAGUCGAUUUGGCUGUCGGAAUGAAAUGAAAAAAAUAUUUUGUGAUACCGAUGACCGAUGCGUUCUGAGAAUGCUGCUGCAGUGUAGUAUGAGAGUUUCUCCCGAAGUGCUUCUUAUUUUCUUGUUGGAUGAGCUGUUUACUAUUUUAUAACAGAGAAAAACGAAAUGCUUCACGUAACAAAGGCAAAUAUUUAUCACUUAAUGACCAUGCAAAGUGCCAGUGAUCCGUUUCCUUUUCACAUUCGAACACAGCAAUUCCAUUGUUUGGAGACACAAUGUGUAUCAGGUUUGUCGAGCGAAACUCAACGAUACUUUUAAUUCCGUCGCCGUCGUCGUCGUCAUCGUCAUUGUGGACGCUGAUUUUUUUUUCUACGUGCCUUUUUCUCUAUCACAAUCUUAUGACACAAAUACAGUAACAAAAUGAAGAAGCAGAGAAAAUAAUAAAAAGAAAUAAACCCAUGUUCUCGAGCUAUAAAAUGAAGAUUGCUUUUUAAAGCAGUCUCUCCGGUGUAUUGUUGUUACGCGAGACUCUCAUCACAUACAUAUCAUGGUCCGGCUGCUCAAACUCGCCUCGCUGAGAGGAAAUCGUGAUGGUUGUUGGUCCAUUGUGAAUAAAACAUGCAAGUUGCUGUUCGUAAGCAACGAAAAAAAAACACCAACCAAACCAAACCAAACCGAACCUUAAACGCAAUGCAAUGCAAUGCGUUGUGUGUUGGGCACUCCGCUGUUUAGUAUGAGUGUAUGUGUGUGCGAGAGUUGUGAUUUUUUAUCGUCUCGUCUCUCACUUAACCAUCUCUUUAUUAUGUUCGUAAGUUUAUUUUUUUUUUUCGUUGUGCCUUCAUGUUAAAUUCAAUAGGUGCUCGAUGCAUUCUGUCAUCCUUUCUGGCUGCUUCAUCGUUUUUUAUGCGCACGUAUUGGUGUUAAGAAUGCGAAGUUGGUUCGAUGCACCAACAAACAAAAAACAUUGCUGUGUAAAGGAAUGGACAAACCAGCCGUACAAAACAGGAAUAAAUGUGAUUGAAUUUCUCUAUUCCAAGAUGCACAAGACAAUUUUUGUCUGGUUUGUUGUUCCUUGUGCAAACAAAGACUUGAAACGACUGGUUUAUUACCCUGUUUUUUUCUCUACUCUGUUGUUAUUGCAAAGAUGAACAACACUCGAAGCCAUCGGUCGCCUUUGAAUGAAAACGAAAGAAGAAUGUGAAACCCUAACAAAUUCUCCUCUCGUCAAAUACAAAUAUUUGCUUAAACUGUGUCUUUUGCCGCGAACGAUACUAUAAAUAGAAAAUCUUCUUGAAUAAAAAAAAAAUAGAAUAAAAACGAUUGAGCGUUAAAAAAAUAGUUUUAUUAUGCUCAACAUAGAGCCCAUACUCAAUGCAGACAAUUACCUGACAAAUAUUUGCCGUUAGAUAAUGAGCUCAAUCUGUAUUUUCUCGCGUCUCCCGAUUGUAUAUUCAUAAUUAUUUGUGUUUUAUUUAAAUUUAAUGAUCGUAACUUGCAUCAGAACCGGUGUAUUCAACUCAAAGAAUCUAUUAAAUUAGUGAAUAAAAAAAAAGAUGAAGAUAAAAUCAAAGAUUUGAAAAGAAAAGAGAAAAAAAUUCAGUGGAAAAGAUACUUUUGAAAGAAGAAUAGAAGAAUCUCAUCAUUGUGACACAUUUGCAUUCAAACUCGACUAAUUCAUCACCAGCAAAAAAAAAGGGAAUUGAAAGCGGCCAGCGGUGAGUGGAUAAGUGAUAUCUCACGGGAAGUACAGCGUAGUGAAUCACAUUCAAAUGAGUAUUUAUCGGCAUCGGAAAUAAUUCGAAAAAGCAUUAGACGGUCGUGGACUAUUUCAAAUUCGCAUCAAGUAUACAAUAAUCAAUCGAAUGUCAAUCGAAAUGGAGGUGUUGGAGAAUCGCAACGUGCAUUCAUCUCGGCCCCAGUGAAUUCAUGCGAUUCAAACGAAUACAAUUACACGACGAACAAUCGAACGAAUCAUAUCGUAAAUCAUUUACAAUAUCCGAACAUGGACUAUCAAAAUAAUGAGUACUAUGAACGAACAUCGCCACAGCGACGUGUGCUUCGGCAAUCGACGUUGCCCACCAAUUUACCGCAUCCGGAUCAAUAUCAAUAUCAAAAUAAUAUGAAUUUAAUGCCACCUGUGUCACCGAAUAAUCAACAGAUCAGCCCACAGUACAGUCCGUACAAUACGGACACCGAGGACACAAUGGAUGCAUCAAAUCCGGAUUUGCGAUCGAUUCGAUAUCCAAUUCGACGACAAUCAACAUUACCAAGUCGGCCAGAUCUGUACCAGCAACAACAGCAACAACAACAACAGGGUCAAUAUUAUUUAUCAACGUCUCCAAACCGUAACUAUAGCCGAUCACCCGAAAAGUCUGAAACGGAACAGCAGCAUCGCUAUCCGCCACCAUUUGUACGACAAUCAACAUUCCCCUCAAACACAUCCAAUGAACAACAGCAACAGUUCGCAAAUGUGACACAUCGCCCUAAAAUGCUGCCUUCGUCACCCAAUCGCCUCAAUUACAAUCGAUCACCGGAGCACGGCAGCGAACCCGAUUUUCAGAAGCAACGGCAUCUCGGUGUCGUUCGUCAAAAUACACUUCCCAAUCCAGAUCAACAUUUGAAAUUGCUACCAACAUCGCCGCCAAAACGUCAACUAUCGCCACAGUAUAAAAAGCGGUCACCAGAAAUGAUUCGACAAAGUACGCUCCCAUGCAAUCCAGACAAUUCGCUCAACGUUCCACAGCAGGCGAAAUUUCUUCCAAUUUCACCGCGCAUGAAGCAAAGCUUUUUAUUUCCACAGUCAAAACAGAAUCCGCGGCAAUUUUUAUCGCAACAAAAUGUGCCCACCGUCACCGAUGAUCCAUAUUCGAGCACGGGCAGCGUGAGUUGUAUACCACGCGAGCAACAAGUCAAAAUGAUGAAAGUACGAAGCCAUAGCAACGAAGAAUACAGUGCAAGUCGAGCAUUAGCAGUUACAGAAGGCCGCCGUUUGUUGCCCGAAAUCCCACGAAAUCGAUCUCGAUCGCCAAGUCGUUUGGUGCGUCAAGACAAUGUCAAAGAGGACAUACGAAUAAAUGACCAAAGGUCACCAAACAAGCGAACUUUUAACGAAGCCAAGCAAAUUUUGUCCGAGUACGAUGACAUGAAUCAAAUGAAUGCAUACAACGAGGGGAUGUACAAUAGCGAUAACACUUUUCUCGAGGCCGACGAAGAUGACUCAUUCGAUAUACAACAGCAGCAGCAGCAGCAGCAGCAGCAGCAACAACAACAACAACAACAACUACAAUACCAACCGAAUUAUUACAGCUCAAGUGAUCCGAAAUUACAAUACGAUGACGAUGAAUUUGCCCAUAAUGCGAUGAGGCAUAAUAUGGAAAAUUACAUGGGUGAACCGCAAUACAGUCCACCCGAAGAAAAUUCGUGGUAUGGACGCAAAGAACGGCCACAUCGUCGGUGUUCACGUGAAUUUGCUGAUAAUGAGGUAAUGGUCCCGAUGAAUGAGGCCACCGGCGCCGUCGUCGUCGAUGAUCAACGUCGUCAUAAGCCCGAAGCAAUGCGUUCCAUUUCGGAAGAUACACCAACGCGUACAGCAAAACAAGCGGUAACUAGAAGAACACUAUCCCACCCAGAAAAAGAAUCACAUUCACAGAGUCCGAAGCGAAAUGAUCAACCGAAAAUACCUAGCCCAAAGCAGUUGACUGACGUCAUGGAACGCUCGAAAAAGCCCACGAAAAUCCCAUCGCCACGUCGAAAAAAUUAUAAAUCCAUCGAUAUUCCGGAUAUAUCACCUCCCGGUAACCAUCAUUUGCACAUGCAAAAACGUGAUUCGAAAAGUUUGGAUAGUGGAGCGCUGUAUCGACCGGAUCUUGAUGGAGAUAGCAACGGAACCUCAAGCAUGGAACGAAUCGAGCGAAUUGAACGAACAGAUCGAAGCGAUAGUAAAAUUAUGUUACCGACGCCACCAGUUCGAAAAUCACCAGCAGCCCAGGUAGCGGCGUCUGCGACGUCGACGUCCACAGGUGGGGUACUAACGGCAAAUCAAAUAGAGGACCACAGUAGUAAUACGAGCACCGAUCGAAAUAAAACCAACGCUGGCAUUGGUCUGAGCGACAACAACAAAGAUGAAUCCGAGCAAAAGUCCAGCGAUCCGACAGCCGAGCACAAAACUACAUUGGGCGAAGCUGAAAUACAAAGUGCUGUCGAAGCAGCUGCGGUUAUAUUCAAGAAAGUUGUUUUGCAACGACGUCAAGCUGCCAAAAAAGCCAACGAAGAAGGCGAACGUGCACGUAAUGUGUCCUUGAUGCAGGACGAUGUAUCCGAUUAUGAAGGCUGUACGACAUUAAAAAUGAUUUGCCCGGAAAGUGAUGAUUAUAAAUUGGUGUUUAUCAGCUCAGACUCGUCGAGUUUGGAUGAUUUGGAGGACAGUAGUUCAACGUGCUCGUCAACCAAUCGACACAGUAUUUCGCUAGACGAUUGUGAUUGGGAUUAUUUUGAACCAAGUGCAGCCACCACGACAAAGACAAUUUUCCGUGAUUGUGCAAUUCAAUCGCCAUUCGUGUCGCCCAAUUUGCAGAGGCGUCGAACAAAUGUCGCCGACAUACACACAACCGACGAAGAAUUCUUGGCUCAGCAUAGCUCAUCGCCAACGAGCAGCGAUGGAUUUGUUGAUAUUCGUCGGAAAUUAUCACGAUUCAAACGUACUUUCCGGCAUUCGGUGAACAAAAGUUCUUCAUCGUGUUCAGGAUCUCGAUGCGAUUGUGGUCAUCAACCUCAGUACGUGCCAAUCCCAGUGCCAGUGCCGAUCUUUGUUAUUGGCGACGAUGCAAAUAGCUCAGAUGUGCGCGCAUUACAGAAGAAACAAGCCGCUGAAUUGUUUCAACUGUGGAAUACGGCCGCCCCUGAUCUUUUGCUCGCCCAUCAACAACAGCAACGAAACCACAUCGAAUCGCAUAGAAAUAUUGCCAGCGAUUUCUUGAAGAAUUAUGCUACUCAAGUGGAAAUGAGCAACACAACACCAACACAUACAUUGCCAACUGGCAAUUGCAGCAGCAGCAGCAUUGCAUAUGCAGACGCAUCGUCGCGUAACCAAGAAAAUGACACACAACAAGACGAAACAACACUUGCAAGUGGCAACCAGUCGACUAGUAGCAGCAGCAGCAACGAUUGCAAUAAGCACACAAACACCAGCCACAAUACAUGUAUAUCGACGCAUAACGAUCGCACAGAACAAAUGAACAGUCUCAGUACCGGACCAACUGUCGAUCUAAGCAUACCGACGAUAAAUGCACGCAUCACCAUCGAUACCGACCAAAACUUGAAUCAUUUAAAUGGUGAAUUAAAGAGCCGACAUCUUGUUGCGCUGAAAAAUGAUAGUAAAAAUUUCAUCGAUGUGGCUGACGCAAACCCAUUGAAUUGUGCCAUUUUCGAUAAUCGUUUCGAUGAAUUAAGUGAACUAUCGCAUGGAAUUGUUAAAAGUGACGAACCACUGCGAAAAUCGCAUUUCAAUCGGGGAUUAGUGACGGCAGCGACAGCGGCGGCGGUGACAACGUUAAACAAUCGCAUCAAGGCCAUCGAUCAAGAGAAAAGUGCCGGCGAAUCGAUAAGUGCAUUUAAUUUAAUUAGUGAAUAUUCCGCAUCAAAACCCAAAUCCAGUUCAAACCAAGCGUCCAGUGGAGUUCCGUCAACAAAAAGCAAUAAAUAUCGAGAUUUAUCAAAAUGCAGUGCAUUGGCUAGAAAAGCGUCAGAUCAAUUUCUGCGUGACGAUAGUGCAGGUGCAAGUGAUAUGGCUGGCUAUUUACGGUCUGAAAGUAUGUUUUCGUCGUCUUCGUGCGAUUCAUCAGCUUCAUCAUCGUCUUCGGAUGGCAGCGAUGCCGAAACCAAUCGUUCAACAUCACGAAGCAAAUCAAUCAAACGUAAUUACGAUGUAUUGAAUGGAAAAACGGUGAAAGGAAAAGAGGCACACAGCUCAAUUUCCGUAAGUGGAUCAAGUGAUUGUGAAGAUUUGCUAUCGAAUUCAACGCGUGAGCAACCGAGUUGUUCGUCGGCGCCGGAAGCAUCCGACAGCGAUGACAAUUCAAGUUCCAAAUUGAUGGUGGCCGAUCGGCGACCCAAAUCAAAGGGCUUUUACAAAGUGUUUGUUGUGAAUAAAAAAACUAGUUCAUCCGACAGCGAUUCGCAAAGCACCAAUGUCAAUAGCACAGAUGAUUCGAGUGAUAAUGACACCGACACUGAAAAAAUUGUAUUGAACUACAUAAAGCCAUUGCCAGAGAAUGGCAGUGAGACGGUUAAUUAUAAUUAUAUCGAUGAUACAACGACCGAAAGUUACGAUGACAUCGAUCAAAACGAUGAAAUUGUACUGUGCUCUAUCAAGCGGAUCGAUGACGAUGACAACAGUAUCGAUCGCAUUGUGCCGAAGUGUGAACAACCAAAUACAAUGGCUGAACCUGUGUUUUUGGGAAGCGAAACAAAGCAAAACGGUAACAUUACGAGCGGCAGCAACAACACCAGUAGCGGCAACGGUGAUGACGACGACCGAAGUUCUGAAGACGAGAACGAACAAACGGUGAUUGAAAAAAUGCCAAUAGAAGAGAAUUCAUGUGAAACAGGCGAAAAGCACAAAGAAAAUGCAAUCGUGCAUCAAAAUGAACAAGUUGACCUUCAUAAUCAAUCAACUGCGGCAGCAACAGCAGCAGCUGCAGCGGCAGCAGCCAAUACGGAUAUCGUCGCCGGUGAGAUACGUGUGAAUAUGGAUGCCGAUAGUGAACGCAUUGCGGAUACAUUGCGAAGUCAAGCUCAACAAAUGGUUCAUGAUUUAUGUGAGUCCAUUGAACAGAAAUUGAAUGAUGAACAUGUUCCAUUCGAUCAAUUGUUAUCGCAACAAACGGAUGGUGAAUCGGUCAAAUGCAGGACGGUUGAAUGGAAUGCGAAUGCUGAAGAACAUUCCGAGAAAAUGGAACAGAUUCAACAACAGCAACAAUUAUUGUGUGUCCAUAGACAAAACGAUAGAUCACACACACAAAAUGAAUCGGAUGUUAAAAACUCCAUGGCAACCAUAAAAAGUUUAGAAACUGAUCCAGUUUCCAUGAAUGGUUUUGUUUGCGAGCAAAUGCAAAAACAAGAUCAACACCAGCAACAGCAACCAGUGCAUGGGAUCCAUGGUGUCGAUGACAUUUCAAGCACCAACAAUAGGCUGAACGAUAUGAAAAGCGAACAAGAAAUGGCAUCGCAUACAAAAACCGGAGCUAUAACUCGAAAUGCUGAAAGUACAAGCGAAAUGCAGUCGACGACGGAAUACGAUGCCAUGCACGAUAAAAUGCCAGACAAAAAUCAAGAGACAAAACAAACGGUAUUGAUGCAUGAGAAUGACGAUGAAACAACCGAAAAUAUUAUAAAAAGUCACCAGUUGAGUUUGGCAGACGACGACGACGACGACGACGACGACAACGACGACGACGACGACGACGACGACAACGAAGCGAAAGUCGAUACUAUUAACACAACAACCAGUUUGAAUGUGUUGAGCGACGUCGACCAUGGCGGCAGCAGCAAUAGCGCCAACGACAAUGGUCGCAACAGCAACGAAACGUCAUCCACAACGCCCAAUUCAUUAGAAAGUGCAUCCGACCAACGCACACCACACACAUUAACACAAACACAUGCACAACCGCAACCAAUGGCCACUAAUGACUCUGGUAAACAAGCUGAGCAAAGAGUUGAGUGCAUCGAAAGCCAAUUCAUCGGCGCAGAAACCAAUCCAUUGGAAUUGUUUGAGCCGUACGAUCAUGCGUUUGAUUUCCCCUCAACGGCACCGCAAUCGGUCGCAACCAAUACUAACGAGCAUGUACCAGGUGUGCAAACAAAUGAAUGUUACGGUUUGUUUGACGACGCUCAGGUAGAUCGUUACACAGACACUGGCAGUAUAACACGAUCAGCAGUUGAAAAUGAACGUUUGAACAGUACGGAUGGGCAGACAAGUGGAACGACGACAGCAACAACAACAUCAUCAUCAUCAUCAGCAGCAGCAGCAGCAAAAUAUACAAGUUUAGUGAUGAUCACACAAGAAAUUCGAGCGCCAUUGGCAACAUCAAAUGUAAAUAUCGUCCCUACAGACACAACGCACAUCGUAUCCGAUUCCGAUUCCUCCGAUUCCAUCACCGUUCAGCACACAAAUCGACUGUCCGACGAUGAAUACGAGCCAAAUUCAUUGGCUGGCUAUUUUACGCGAUCGCUUGAAGAAGACUCGUUGAAUACAUCGACGCCAACCAUCAAACGACGACCCAUUGUUACAAACCAUUCGAGUGAUUUUUAUUACAGUGAGCAUUUGCCAACAUUUGAAAAUGAUUCAUUCAACAGUUCAGUGUUUGAUAGUGAAAUGUUAAAAUCGAGAAAUUUCAGUGCGAAUCAAAUGGCAAAUAACAACAGUAGUCGCAGUGGUGAUGACAGUAUUAAUAAUGAUGAUGUGACAGUGGUGACGGGCCAAAAUACGUUAUCGGCCGUGGUUUGUUUGGAAGAUGGUUUGGCCGAUGAUGAUUCGUGGAUCGGGAGUGGUGAUGAUGAGGAUUUUGCCGCAGCUACAGCAACCGAUUCAGAAACUGAAUAUGCUGAAGAUUUGGCUAUGUGCUGUUCUUCAUCGUCGGGCGAUCGCGAAGAAGAACUUCGUGGCUAUAAUCGUACAUCGAUCGAUUUUACAUUGCAUACGAUAGUCGAAGAGAGUUGUGAAGAAAGUGAAGUUGAGGUCAAUGAUAGAAACAAGAAUCGAAUGUCGGCAUCGGAACUGGAGAAAUACUUUUUCUUUGGAUUAGGCGAUGGCAAAUCAUCGACUAUGUCGAAUGCAGACACGCGUGAAGACAGUAUUUCGGAAACGAGCAGUUUGUGCAGUGAAGGGAUGGAUUCAUUGGGUGGCGCUGAAAAUGCCAAUGUUGAUGUUAAUGCGAUGGCUUCAUCGCGUUUGGAAAAGUACUUUUUGUCCACAUUCAUGGGUUUUUCGUCGAAUGAACGUGAUCAAAACUCCGAUGGCAGUGGCAGUGUUGGUAGUGAUAGUGAAGGCCAUGCAAGCCCGGAACAGCGUCGCAAACGGUUGGUUCGUGCCCGUGGCACACCACAUCGAUCUCACAAUUCGUCUCUCGAUAAUUUAUUGGCCACAAAAGAUGACAAUCACGAUUCGAUUGCAUCGAACGAGAAUCCAUCGCUUGCCAAUGAAUCCAAUGAUUCGUCCGAAACAGAUACAUGCGAUGACACUGUGAUACAUUUAGAGAAAGACGCAAAUCCAAAUGACACGCUGAAACGCAAAAAGCAAAUCAAAAAGAAGAGCAGCGACAGUGAAGACAAUAAAAAGUCAAUUGGUGCGGUGUCGGAUGAGGAGAGUGUUAGCGGUAAAAAUUCAUUGACACAAGAAGGUGGUUAUUCGGCUCAAUCGGUUGCCAAUGGUGCAACGAAGAAGCAAAGUAGCCGUGACAGCGGUUUCAUCGGUAGCAACGAUGAUUUGCUCAAAAAUGAUGAUCCACACAAAAAUGGUGCCGAAAUGAAAAUCGAAUUGGAAGAAAUCGAAGAAGAAACAAAAGAGAAUGUGUCGCAACAAGCGAGUGGUAAGCAGCAAAUGGCAUCGCCAUCCACAUCAUCAUCGCUGGCACGCAAAGACAGUUUCAAUAAUUACAGUUCGGAUGAAGAAACGAAUCUCAUGAUGUCGAAAUUGCGACAAUUUGUUAAAACGCUCGUUGCAUCGAAUGCAAAUGCACAACGAAAUAGCACAUCGAAAUCAUCGACACCCAUAAUGAGCGGAGCGAAUACGCCCAAAAAUGGCACACCCGUACCGAAGCCACGAUCAAAAGCCAAACCGGCGCAACUCAUCUAUUUCGAAAAUGAAUUGACGCGUUUAAUGAAAACGGUUCCCGGUAUUAAUGACGAUCAAGUGCGUGAAAUUGUGGAAUAUUUGAGUAGCGAAGAGACAUGGUCGGAUUCAUAUGAUUCGUCAGAUUACACGAGCUCCGAUUUAGAAGGAGCGGCAUCAUCGACCAGCAAAUCCGAGCUACAAGAACAAAUAUCGGCUAGUUGUCAGCAAAUUAUUAAGAAAUUCGAAGGUUCGGUCGGUGAUCAUGAAGGCGAUAUCGGUGAUGGUGGUUUAUUCGAUGAUAAACAAUGUUUGAAUCGUGAAACAGCCUUGGUUUAUCACAAACUAGUUUCCUCCUUUUCGAAGAUAAACAACGAAAAGCAGCAAAAAGAAUCGAAUCAUUCGCCGCCGAUAUUCGCAAAGGUGAUGAGCCAUAUUGGAACAAGACUGGUCGCACUGAUGCAUGAAGUGAGCAGCAGUGAAUCGCAUGCAAGUCAUACGUCGCCAAAGCCAAGCGCUCGAUACCAUAAAAAAUUACAGCAAAAAAUCUCGGCCACAACCACCGACGAAGAUGAAGACGAUCCAAUGCACGCACCACAUGACAAUUUAAUGGAAAAUUCCGAAAGCUAUUUAAAUUUGCCGCGCAGUAAAUCGCACGAUUUACUAUUGAGUGGCACUCGAUUGCAGCAUCAUCAAUCGAGCAGCGGUGUGAGUGACAUAGCAGCCGAAGAAAAAGAGGCCAGUGACUACGAACGAUUUUCAUGGCGUGGUAGUUUUGAGUCAGCAUUACUAGCGAAUGGUGACUCAAGAACAAAAUUAACCCUACUCGACCGUGACAAUUCAUCGUCUGCUUCCGCUUUAGCAGCAAAGCGUCGAUCGGCAGGCGAUUUAUUAUUCAAUCAAUGUAGUCUAAGCCGUGAACAAUUGGAUCGGGUGCGAUCAUGUGGCAGUAUUGGUGGUGCUGGCGCUGGUUCAACCGAUGCCGUCAACAGCAUUGAAUCAUCGAAACUGUGGGGAUCGGAAAAUAAUAAUCAACGAACUUCAUCGAGCCAUCAUCAUCAUAAGCGGCCAACAUUUCCCGACUCCGAUGAAGAAUCAUCGGAAGAAGAACGACGCCAUCAUAUUAUGGGCAAUCGUUCAACGUUGCCACGCAGUUUGCAACAAACAGCAACCGCAUCUCUGUCUAGUACAAACUCACUUCCACGUUCCACCACGCAAAAUGCACAAUUGUCGUCGCAAAAGUCACAAAGUGUCCAUCAAUUUUUGCAAAACAGUGUAAAAAGUGCGCGCUAUCGUCCGCCCGGUUUUUCGCGGUUAACAUCAACACCGAAAAAAGCCAAUUCGUCUCUGGGAUUACCGUCAUUAUACACGAAACGAGAUAGUUCUUCACGAACCCGCCGAAUUCAAUCACUUUACAGCGAAGGCGUUAAUUCACCUGAAGCUGGAAAGUCGCCGAUUAUCGGCAGCCGAAAUGAUUCGAAGUCGCCACCAAAUCAACCAGCAAGCCCAGCCGGAAACAAGCUGUCACCAACUUCGUCUGAUUGGCCAGCCCAAUCCGAUGAUGAUAUCGAUCGUCUUGUUGCCAUGCACCAGAACCGCAGCAGCCUCGGUUCAUUAGGAUUGCGUUCCGAUUCGAUGGCCAGUGUGUAUUCGGGAGCGGGCGAAGGUCGUUACGGAACGGUCAUAGUAAAAGGGCAAGUGGAAUUCGGUAUGCAAUACAAUUACAAGCAGGGCGCUCUCGAAAUCCAUGUGGUACAGUGUAAGGAUUUGGCGGCUGUUGAUACGAAACGCAAUCGCAGCGAUCCAUAUGUUAAGGUUUAUUUGCUACCGGAUAAGUCAAAGAAUGGCAAACGCAAAACGAAAGUCCGAAAGCAUACACUAAAUCCGAUGUUCGAUGAAACGCUCAAGUACUUUAUGCCGUUGAAUAGUUUGGAAACAAGAACAUUGUGGUUAACUGUAUGGCAUUCCGAUAUGUUCGGACGCAACGAUUUCCUUGGUGAAGUGACCAUCAAUUUGCAAGGCAUCGUUUUCGAUAAUCCACAACCACAAUGGUAUACACUACAGGAACGUAGUGAACCGUUUGACGACCUCUCAACAUAUCGUGGUGACAUUAUUGUAGGUUUGAAGUUCGUUCCGCCAGAUUCGAAAUCGUCGCACUUUUCGAGAUCAUCAAUCAGCAGUGGCUUACGUAAAUUCGGUGGCAGCAUAAAGUCAUCCACAAGUUCACGUAGUUCAUCAUCAUCGUCUUCAUCGUCAAAAGGUUCGUUGCACGUGCUUGUCAAAGAGGCGAAGAACUUGAGCCCGGUCAAAGCCAAUGGAAUGUGCGAUGCAUUUUGCAAAAGCUAUUUGCUACCCGAUAAAAAUCGCAAUUCGAAACAAAAAACGCCAGUGGCCAAGCGCUCCGUGAAUCCAGUAUGGAACUAUACAUUUGCCUAUGAUGAUGUAUCGCUUAAUGAAUUGUCUGAACGUGCACUGGAAUUAACCAUAUGGGAUCAUGAUCGAUUGGCUAGCAAUGAGUUUUUGGGUGGUGUACGAUUUUCCCUCGGUACUGGAAAAUAUUAUGGAAAACCAGUGGAUUGGAUGGACUCAACGGGAAAGGAAUUGUCACUUUGGCAAAGCAUGAUUAAUCGGCCGAACUUUUGGGUUGAAGGUUGUGUCGUUUUACGUUCGUCACUCGAAAGUGCUGCAAAUACUAACUAAAAUGGACGUUCGACGUGUGUUUAUGUCUCCUUUUUUUGUCUGUAGUUUGUAAGCUCUUGUCGCGAAAUCGCACCACAUUACAUUUGAGUUUAAGCAAUCGUCGAAGAAACAAGAAGGAAAUGAAUUUCUUUAUUAAUACUAGCAUCUCUCUUUUUUUUAUUAUCGAAACAUAUAUAUAUAUACAAAUUUAGUGAAAUGAAAAUGUUAUUUAUUAAUUGAACGCCAUAUAUAUAUUUUGAAUGUAUAUUUUUGAUUAUUAUCUUUCUGAAUUUGUAUUCGAUAUCUUUUUUUUCUGUUCUUUAUUCUCUCGUUUUUCUAGUAGUUUUGUAAUUACUUUGCUUGAAUGCAUAUUAAUCAAUUGAGAAUUGAAUUGACGAGAGUAUUUUUCAUUUGUACCUUAAUCUCCAAUGAUCAAAUACUAUAUUUAAAUAGUUGAACUGAAGAUGAAAGCAUUAAAUUUAACAAUCAAGUUUUAAAUUUAUAACACAAAAACAUACAAUGUUUUCUUUUUGAUGGUCAAAAAUAGUUGUUAUUAACUAACCAACAUUAUACUUGUAAGAGAAAAAACUGUCCUUUUUCAUUCCAAUUAAAAAGAAAAUUAAAUUCCAAAAUAUUCUUCACACAAAAACCAACCAAUUUCAUAGCGACACACAUUGAAAAUGUUGAAAAUUAUUACUUCUGAUAUUAUCAUAUUAACUGUAACUUAUAUUGAACAAAAGAUGACAAAAAAAAACAAAUAAAAAUAAAAUCGAAUAUUAAAAUUUGUAAAUAAUUCAAUCACUGAAAAAGCAUAUUGUGGUAUCUAAAUAAAAAAAAAGAAUUCAUAUGAAAAAAACAAA